GCAAAGCGCACGACAAUCUCCACCGCCGGCGUCCUCUACCUCAUCGCCAUGUAUGGGACCUGGGGCAACAAGAAGAAGGCAUUGGACAGCACGGCACCCUUCCGCUACUCCGUUGUGAAGGGAGACACGCUGAGUAGCAUCGCAAUCAAGACCAAGCAGGCCGAGGACAAGAUCCGAGAGAUGAACCCCAUGGUGUUUUGCAGCAAGAACGCCACCGUGUACCCCGGCCAAGAGCUGAUCGUGGACGAAUCGCUGGCCGUAUCGUUGCCGCCCCCGCCUGAACUCAUCGACCAUGGGUGGGGUCAAAUGCACGUGGUACGGUCAGGCGACACGGUCAAGACCAUUGCCGUCGAAUACAACACAACCGAAGAGUUCAUUCGCAGCGACAACCGACAGUACUUCCCGCAGGGCGAGCGAGGCAUCCUUUUUCCAGGACAGAUGCUGCACAUCCGCGUCGUCAACACCCAACAAUCCGACGAACUCGUCCUCCGACCCGGCGAUGUGGUCCAUGUGGUGACCUCCAACGACACGUUCGAGUCCAUCGCAGCGACGUACCACACGACCCGCGCGCGCAUCUUGCUCAAGAACAAGUCGGCGUUUCCCAUCGGCCACAAGCCUCGUCUGACGGCGGGGACGACGCUGAUCGUGGGUCACAACGCUGAGAUCGCCGACCGCAUCAAGCACGUGGGCGAAGUGAAACUCACCAAGCAGAUCCACGAAGUCGAGUAUGGCGAAACCCCAGAAAGCAUUUGCGAGCUGUACGGCAUGACCAUGGACGAAAUGCGCGACUUCAAUCGCGCGUACUUCCCCAAGGGAUACCGAGGGGACAUCCGCCCGUCGUUCAAGCUCGUGGUGAAGCGCCAGGACUCGAAUGCGAUUGACAACCAAGUGGAGCAUGUAGACGUGGCACCAUCCAACGAAGCAGCUUCGUCGUCGACGAAGAAGACGAAGAAGAAGCGGUCGAGUAAGACCCACCGAGACAACCAAGUCGACGCCGACAACAGCGAGUAAUAACAUUAUAUCAUCAUCAUCCCCCAUCCACA